UAAACCAACUGCUGUAGGUCUGCAGUGAGAGGAGAACAGACAGAGCAAGAGAAGGGAAUUCUGGGGGAGGGAGAUCAUAAGCCGGCCAAAGCUGAGAGCUUAGGCAUCCUGAGGGAGAGACGGGGCUUGUGCUGGAAUGCAGAUGCUGAGCGCUGAGCGCGAGGAGCUGAGCUGCACGCACGGGACGGGACGGCGGUGUGCUUUGGCCCCGUGGACAGAGCGCAGAAGUGUGUGUCCCUGGAUCUUGAUGGGCAGAGUGUGGAGGCAGAUGUACCCUCAAUACUCCUACUAUUACCCGCCCUACCUGCACGCUAAGCCCCCCGUUGGCCCGUCGUCUCAGCCCAUGGCUCCCCCGAGCCCCGGAACCAACAGCAGCACCAAUCAGAGCAGCAGCAGCAGCAGCACAGCAGGCUGGGAGCAGCUAAGCAAAACCAACCUGUACAUUCGCGGCUUGCCCCCAGCAACCACCGACCAUGACCUGGUCAAGCUCUGCCAGCCUUACGGGAAAAUAGUAUCAACGAAGGCCAUCCUGGAUAAGACUACAAACAAAUGCAAAGGUUAUGGUUUUGUGGACUUUGACAGCCCUGCUGCUGCACAGAAAGCCGUCAACGCUCUGAAAAACAACGGCGUGCAAGCACAGAUGGCAAAGCAACAGGAGCAGGACCCCACUAACCUGUACAUUUCCAAUUUGCCGCUGUCGAUGGAUGAGCAGGAGCUGGAGACCAUGCUGAAGCCCUUUGGCCAGGUCGUCUCCACCCGCAUACUUCGCGAUGCUAAUGGGGCAAGCAGAGGGGUUGGAUUUGCGAGGAUGGAGUCCACAGAAAAAUGUGAUGCUGUAAUUUCUCACUUCAAUGGAAAGUUUCUCAAGAUGCCAGCUGGAGUAAUGGUCCCUACUGAGCCACUGCUGUGUAAGUUUGCAGAUGGAGGGCAGAAAAAACGACAGAGCCAAAAUAAAUAUGUGCCUAAUGGACGAGCAUGGGCCAGAGAGGGAGAAGCCAGACUUGCUGGAAUGACGCUCACAUACGACCCCACUGCUGCAGCUAUGCAGAACGGGUUCUAUCCCCCUUACAGCAUUACCAACCGAAUGAUCGCCCAACCUGCCAUGUCACCCUACAUCUCUCCCGUGUCCACGUACCCGGUUCAGACGCCGUCCUGGGUCACCCACCAGCCCUACAUUAUGCAGCAUCCGGGAGCUGUAAUAUCGCCCUCUAUGGAUCCCUCCAUGUCACUGCAGCCAACAUCCAUGAUGAGCCCCCUCACUCAGCAGAUGAGCCACCUCUCUCUGGGGAGUACAGGAGCGUUCAUGCCGGCUAAUGCAGCAUUACAGGGUGCAUACAUCCCUCAGUACACUCCUAUGCAGCCUGCUGCAGUGGAGGUUAGCAUUCCCAGGAGAAUAGCUCACAGCCUCAGGUGGAGUCGAGCGGAGAUCAUUCUCCCUACGCCUACCAACAAACCAAGUGAUGAAGAGGUGUGUUACUCUGGUCCAGGUUCCUCAGCACUCAGGAGACUGAGAGGAGCGACAGCUUCAACAAUCAUGCUUCCUCUGUUGGACUAAGCUCAACCGUUCGAUCGACGUUUGAAACGAUGAGUUUUCUCUGUUUUUAAAAACAACUACCCAGACUAUUUUUGGUAUAAGUUCUAUGAGGUGCAAAUAAAAUCUUGAUUUCAUCAGAGGAUGCUAGCUAUCUAAGAAGAAGAUGAAAAUGAAAAAAGUUUUAUUUUAAUAAAAAAAAAAAAAAGAACGUUUAUUUUUACCAAGGAAUCGUCACAUGGGUGCAAGACCUCAAAGGAUCAUGUGACUAGAUGUACAUGGUAGCAGGUGUCCAUUGUUGAUAUUUUUUAUGAUUUCAAUUGUGUGUGUGUGUGUGUGUGUGUGCGUGCGAUUUUUUUCUUUUAUUUUCUUUUCUCAAUUUUUUUCCUUUGUACUGAAUUAGUUGUUUUGAUUGAAGAGAUUUAUUAGCCGGACAUCCUGAGAAAGAUGUUUUUGUGCUUGCAGUGUGUGUUGCAAUGGUGAAGUGUUACAUGUGUCCUCUUGUACAGAGUGUUUUCUCUUGAUCUAGAAUGAUCUUUCUCUUUCUCUCCAUACAGUUUGCCUUAAGUUUGUUCCAUACAGCUGUACAUGUAGCCUCUAACUGAGGCUCAACCGGAGAAAGAGAAGUUUAAAUCAGCUAUGGCCUUGUAAAUCAGCUGAAUAGGGCUUUUCUUAGGAUCUAGCUAAUGAAAUUCAGUUUGCCUCGUUUAAGUGUUUUGCUUUUUACUGAUCUCCAUAGUGCUUUUUAGAAUAGAAACCAUGUUGAGUGAUGAAAAAUGUUGAUUUGAAUUAAAUAUGAUGUACUGUUUUUGUAAUCAGGGGGAAAACGCCUCUGGUUGGUUGAAUGUGGUAGAAAUUCUGCUGAAUGAUGACAUUUUAAAAAUGCCUUUUAGAAAAAAAAAAAAACUUGCUGUUGUAGUUUAGCUGCGGGGAAAGUGGUGUGACCAAGUCUUUUAUUUUUAAUCUUUUGGGGGAGGGGGGAUUUUUUUUCUCAGUUUUAACGUGCUUUUAUGACCAUGUACAGAUGAACUAAGCCUUCCAUGGCAACUUUAAGCAAGGAUUAAGUGGAGGUUUUGAGAUGAGAUUGAUUGAUUUUCUGUAGAUUUUAGUUUGCCUAGCUCUUUUUUUAGGAAGCAAACAGAACUCGGCACUUUCAAGUUUACUUCACCAAAGACAGUGAGCUAGCAAGCAGAGAUCAAAUAAAGAGUACAAUGUCAUUUCCUCCCUACGCAGGAUAGGCUUUUUAAUGGACUGGACUGCAAUUAUAAGAAUGUGCCUUCUUUGUAUAUAUGCAUCCGGUUGUCUUUAGUUGUUGUCUAGGUUUGGACACAUGCAAGAAGGAAGAUUUGGAUCCGACAAGUGCCACAUACAUCACUACAGAGCACACGAAACUGAAAUAUGAAACUAGAACAUGGAAAAGGAGAAGUUUGAAACUAUGAACUGAUCAGCACAGUGGUUAUCUGCUAUGCUUUUGUUCAGCAGGAGAAUGCCUUUUAUUUUUUUCCUCCCAAAUUACCAUAGGCUUUUGUUUUGGCUUUAGUAGGUUGUCUUCCAAAAGACUGUUUUUUGAACUGGUGGUCCUAUUGACCAAUUAUCUACCUCAGAUUUGCGUUCUCCUCUGUUUCGAUUGGCCGGGCUAGCAGGUUCAGCCCCGCCCCUCCAGACCAAAUGGCUAGCUCUGGAGCUGCCCUCAUCUACACUUGUUUUCUUUCAGGUUGUUUUUAAAUGCUUUGGGUUUUUUUUUUUUUUUUUUUUUUUUCCUUUUUCCUUCAACAAAAAAAAUGAUUUUUUUUAAUGCAAAUGUUGUUGUUAUGAGGAUAGAUGUGCGUUGAACGUGAUUUAAUCUUGUCUAGACAUUCAGUUUCAUAGUUUCAAAGGCAAAAACACUGCUGCUUAAUCACAGGAUGUUUUGGUAGUCGGCCAUGACAAAGAGAUGAACGAAAGAAGGAGAAAAAUAAAGAGGAACAAAUCUAAACUGAAGGUUGUGGUAUUCCUCGGAUCUGUUCCUGAAACUUUGCCGCUGUUCAGUCCCAAUCCAGACUUUUAGCAGCACAACCCUCACAGCUCUGCUGGAAUGACUGUGUGUGUGUGUGUGUGUGUGUGUGUGUGGUCUGAGACUACGGUGUGUGUGGGCAGUGAUUGAAGGAUGCUUGAGGUGUGUGUGCGUGCGUGUGUGUGUGCGUGUGUGUGUGCGCGCGUGCGUGUGUGUGCGCGCGUGUGUGUGUGUGUUUGUGGUGUGUAGCAGGAGCUCUUGUGUGUGGGCGAUUCUGCCAGUUAACACCUGAAACAAGUGCCAAUGUUUAGCUGGAUGAACGAGUGGGAGACUGCAGACAGAAAGAGUCGCUAAUGAACAUGAAACAUCAUAUACUAGACAGCCAUUAAGUUAUGGAAAAAGUAAUAAUUUAUGAACAGAGAACUUUGUACAGACUGUUUGAAGAAAUAAAAAGGUUUUUCAUAGAGAUAUCUAUAUGAGAGUUAUUUUUAUUUUAUUUUAUUUUGUUUGUUUUAUUUUACAUGUGCUACAAAAUUGCCAGUGGUAACUUGCCCGGUUAAAGAGAAAUCUUCCUCUGUAAAUUUUUUGGUAGUGUUUGUCAAAGCCAUUUUUUUUGUCUAGAUUGUUCUUUACAUUCUGUUUUUGUCCAUUCUUUUGAUUUUUUUUAAAAUAAAAAUUCAAAUUGGUUUGUGUAGA